UGUCGAAAAAAGCAAAAAACACUCGUCGGAAAAGAGAAAAAAGAAAGCAGCAAAGCAAGCAUUAGCGAAAGCAGAGCGUGUACAGAAGAAAUCAAAUAUAAAAACAAGUAUUACGAGCAAUUUGUACUGGAAACAUUUUGGCCGCGCAUCUAAAUUUCUCCUGUCUAUAUCACAACAACAACAACUGCUGCUGUUGUGAGUGCGCGUUUUCUUUUGAACGCUCUCCCAGAACCACAGAAAAACAAAAGCUUCUACAUGAUGUCGUCGGAUCAACAAUUCUUUCUAAAAUGGAACGAUUUUCAAACGAAUAUGGUGACCUCGUUCCGUCACUUGCGCGAUGAGAAGAGCUUCACAGACGUAACACUCGCCUGCGAAGGCCAAACCUGCAAAGCACACAAAAUGGUGCUUUCAGCUUGCAGUCCCUACUUCAAGGCGCUAUUGGAGGAGAAUCCGUCAAAGCAUCCCAUUAUCAUACUGAAAGAUGUCUCCUACAUCCACCUGCAGGCAAUAUUGGAGUUUAUGUAUGCCGGUGAAGUUAAUGUUUCGCAAGAACAGCUGCCGGCAUUUCUUAAAACCGCUGAUCGACUCAAGGUGAAAGGCUUAGCAGAGACACCUAGUUCUAUAAAACGGGAGGGUUGAUGGUAUUUAAACCAAUAAUACACAUAAAUACACAACUAUAAGAAACUUAUAUAUGCAAGCAAGAAAACAAAGCAAAAUUCCAACAACCAUAACAACAAAAAAUUGAAAUGCGAAAAUAGUGGAAAAUUACAAAAUGAAAAAGAGAAACAUUUGAGAUAUAUACGACACAUACACAAAAAUGACACACAUACAAAAUUCAUUUCGAUAAUCUAUUCAUACCAUCCAAAACUCACAUAUUGAUAGCAAUUGACAGAUAUCACAGUUCAAACUAAAAAGUGAAGUUUAUGAUUAUGAACCCCCAAAAUUAACCAUUACCAACUGCAAUAUUUAUGAACCCGGUCGACCCAUUGAACUUGAUUUGUAUCGUAUUUUUAAUUUCAUCUUAAAAUAGUUUGUAACAUAUUCUUAAAAACACACAUAAACCACACACUGUAAAAAAGGCAAAAUAUGGACAACCCAAAACAAAACAAAACAAAAAACGCACUUUUGUAAAGUAAUUAAAAGAGAAUUCAUAAAGAAUAUAUAGAAACAUAAUUAUACAUAAUAAUAUAUAGUGUGAAAAAAUGUGCAAGUAGAAAGUUAAAAGAAAAUCAUCCGCACGCCCGCGCGAAUAUUUACAACAAAACACAUUCAGUUAGUUUUUAAGUCACUAACUAAAAACAACCACAACACCAUUCGCUCCACACACACCUCCACCCUCGUUCACAAAAGAAAAAAAACCAAAAAACACCUCACUGAGAGACAGAGAAAUAUGAAAGAA